UUAUGUCUCUAAUCAUCAGAGGUAAACGUUCCGCCGUCAACAUUUGCAAACAAAGGAAAAUGAAGCCGAGGAAGACUCUGUGACACACCAGUGAUGCAAGAAACUCUUCUGUACUAGGAAAAACCCUCAUUCCAACUUUGCCGACUUUUGAACCCGAGCAGGCUGUAGUCGAAGACCCCUGAUCAGGUGGUACACAAAGAACACAGAGGAGAAUGCCACAGGAAGAAAGGUUAAUCCAGUGUUGGUAUGGGGAAGCGUGGUGCGAGACAGACGCGCGGUAUGCCAACCAUCAUGACUGUCACACCUACUACCUGUGCACAGACGGCGAGACGGGCACGGUGGAACUGUUGAAUUGCAAGAAUUUCGGGUUGUUUGAUUUUGAUGAGGGCAAGUGCAAGAAACCCAGUGAAGGCGAUGCCGUGAAGUGUGCUUCAUUUUUUAGCUGCUUGCGGCGGAGGCUGACCGCUACCACCGCUAUCACGACAGAAACAACAACAGUCACCACCGAGUCGACGGUUUCAGCCUCUGCCAAAACCCUGCCCACUGCCACUCUAGAGCCCAUUGCGACAGCAAAGACAGAAACCUAUGGUAACGCAUCUAGACACGAUACAAAGCUUUCGAACCCGCCGCCAGACGUCGCUGUUACCGCUGGGAUAGUCGCAGUGAGCGGUCUGGUAGUUCUGGCGGCCGUCGGCAUCCUUAUUUGUUUUCUUUACAAGAAAAAACAGAAAUGGCGCAUGAAGUCGGAAAAAUCUGCUCACAACCACGACAGGCGCAAUGAUAUGGAUUUUCCUAUUUACCUGGACCCAGAAACUACUCACAUCUCCUCUCCCACCUGCCAUCCGUCAGCGUACGAAAACCUCGCCUUCUCAGCCGACAAAGACCGUCGGCCCAAAAACCCGGAUGCAAGGGAUUUCUACACGUCGCUAGACGAUCAUUCUUCAGAAAAACUACAAAUACACGAUACUGAUGUUGGCUUUUGUAAAUCUGCACAGCAUGGGCCUGCAAAUAAACCUGACGAAAAUAUGUCGGAGUCGAACAGGAGUGGCGUCCCUAAGAUACCGAAAGUCGCCGAACUUCUUCUGGCAAAACAAGCUCUCAGAAACGUGCAAGGCCCCUCUGACUCUGCCACCGAUGACAAAGACUCUUCCUUGAAAUCACCAACCCUAACCAACCCAACGAAAACAAAGGUUAAUGAACUGACCAUUAGAACAACCGUUUCACCGAAUGCUUUGGCCCCGCCCUCCAAGCCUCCGCGUGCAAUACAGGAAGAAGAUGAUAUCAACGACAGCCGUAGCGUUGCUUCCUACCUGGUUCCUCGGCAGUGUCUGUCAGGAUUACCGACUUCCGACGACGACGGCUGUUACAGAAGUUCUUCAUACAUAUACGCAACCGUUACAAAGACGUACCAAAAGGAUCCAACCCCUCACAACCAUUGUGCGAACUCUGCUGAAACCCACGAACAGAUUCCAACAGUUCCCGACAAAAGAACAGACGGAUAUCCUCGAGACUUGCAAAAUGAACAGCCUGUAGACGAUAACAUUUCGGAAAUAGAAAACUACGUCAAUUUCGAUCGAGUCCUAUUAAUGCGCACAAAGAACAAUGAGAAUACAGACAACAUUAAAUUUCACAAUCCCGAUUUUCAGCACGCAGUAACCUCUGAUAACCACGACGUUGCUAUUCACCGGGAAAGACGUUUUAGCAACGAUUCCGAAAACAUCUCUGAAUCCAGCAUUUAUUACUAUCCAGAGAAACAACUGUCCAGAUCUCCAUCGCUGUUGACGGAUAACGAAAUUUAUUACAGUAGUGUGUGUCAGGAUUAUAACACAGCAGAUGAGAUUACGUCCCGCCGAAAUUACGUCCCGCCCUACUUGGUGACAAAACUAAACUGCGAAGACAAUGACGUCAAAAAUCCCCCCACGGUAUUUACUGUAAAAACGCCAACCGACCACGUGGACAGUGAAACUGUCUACUAUUCUCCCGUGUGUGAGGAUGAUAACUAUGAGGAAGAAAGGAUGUCUGUACAGAAUGAUACUGGAGAGCAAAAUAAAGAACCAUUUUACUACGACCACGAACCCGAGGAAAAUGCUUACGCAGAGUUGGACGAUGUGCAGAGAGCAAAUGAACCCGAUGGUUAUUCUUCUGUCAGUGAUGUGACUGGGAAAGUAUAGCUGGGUGUAGUCUUUUGUUUAUUUAUUCAUUAUUUUAUUUUAUUUUUUUAGUUUCUACGUUCUUUGUAGCGACAUGGAUGAUCUUGGUUCUUGAAAACUUGUAUAGAUCGUCAUCCUUGUUGAGUCAGAUUCUAGAGCAUAUUUACUGUAGAUGAAUUGAAAAUUCGAAGUAGAAAUCCCACUUAAGAACAUGAUAAUAAGCAAGUUUCUUAAAAUUGAUUUUAUAGAAUAUAUAUCUAGUUUUGUUUGCAAGAGAAAAUAAAAAUAAAAAAUAAA